AUGCAUACUUUUUUUGGAUAUUUUAGAAGACAAUAAUUUUUUUUAAAAAAAAAUUAUUAUUAAUUUUAUAUGAGAAUACUACAGCAUCGAUGAAUUUUGCCAGCUUUGUCGCCGAAAUGAGUAAGCUAUGCUAAAUUACUAUAGAGAAGUUACCUGUAGAUCUUCAAGCCAAAACUCGCCUACAUAUAACGUUCCAUCACUUGCUUGCCAUCCGGACAUGGACUUCUUCUGUGCUGCUCAUCAAGGAUGGGGCUUGCGUAGCUAUCAGAGAGCAGAGACAAAGGUCACCAUGUCGUAAAUCAACUUCCAGAAAAUUUGAAAAACGGAAUUUCUGGUAGGUUUUUUGACCAAAAUGGAAGCCGGACGAACGAAUGGGAUGGCGCAAGGGACUUUGCCUGAUUAUCCAAGUGACAAUCUCUGGCCUUGCUAAGCUUUCCUUUUCCAAUUUCAGAAUCAUUAUCCGAGGUAAAACCUUGGCCUGCAUGUGAACAUUUAGCCGACAUUGCGCUCCACUAAGCCCAUUAAAAUUGGCAGGUACACAUUUCGAAUCUUCCUAAGAUUCCCGACUUUCCCAACGAGCCUACCUGCUACAGGUGUAAAUCGGGCAGGUUGGCUCGCUACUCCAUUUUAACGUAUGCAGAAAUGAGUAUGACCUAAUCAAUUCUAUUCUUGAAGUUCAAAAAUCAAUAAAAAAUCAAAGAGACUCCAAGCUCAAGCUUCCCCCUAUUUGGCAUGCACUUCUGUAUGGAUUAACGGAUAUCGUGAAACUUCUAUUAGAAAAAGGCGCAGAUCCUAAUAUUCCUAAUGAAAUUGGGGAAACACCUCUUCACCAUGCAGCUGAUAAUAAUGAAUAUGAAAUCGCUAAAUUACUGCUAGAAAAUAAUGCCAACCCAAAUCUUUUUACAAAUGAAAAUGAAACAGCGUUACACCAAGCGACCUUUCGCGGACAAGUAAAAAUCGUCGAACUUUUAAUGAGUAAAGGUGCAAACCCUAAUAUUGUCAAUAAUUAUGGGAAAACUUCUUUGCAUACAGCUGCGGAAUAUGAUCAAAUUGAAUGCGUGAGGAUCUUGCUUACAUUGUAUUUCUGUAAAAAUAAUUAAUUAAUUAUCAAAAAUAUAGUUAGUGACACUGACUAUAUUAAUUAAAAAAAAUUUUUAAUGGAAGAUUUAGCUAUGGAGCUGACCAAUUUAUAGUUGACCAUGAAGGAAGAUUACCUAUAGAUUUAUCAAAGAGCUCAACUGUGAGAAACAUCAUUGAAGGGUUUAUCUCUAAAAUCAGUUUUGAAGGUGAUUUAGCACUCUUCAGCAUCCCUGAAGGCCGGAUAAGUGAUGAAGAUAGAACUAGCACAAUCUACAGCUUUCAAGGAACCCCUAGACUUUCACAUUACACUCAUUUAUCUAUUGACGACUUUAACGAGUCUCCUUUAUCAAAUAAAUCUAAUUACAAUACAAAAGAAAUGCCGACUAGUGAUUACAAUAGAAUUCGUUCUAAAGAAACUGCAUCAAGCUUAUAUGAAGUUUCUGAAAACCUUGAAGAACAUGAAGAAAAUUUGUCCAUUUUUUCAAAUACAUUUAAACAAUUUUUAGAAAAAAUUAAGCUCGAAGAAUAUUAUUAUUUUUUUAAAUAAAUAAAUGUCAUAGGUAUACUUAAGCAAUUUAGAAAUAUUUAUAGAAAUUUGCUAUACCAGGUGUUAAUUAAAGCUGGUUUUGAUGAUUUUGAAAGCUUAGUUAAACAAAUGAAAACUCCUUUGCCACUUACCUAUGAAAUUUUAGCAAGCAGCGGAAUCACCAAGCCAGGCCACAUUUUUAGAUUCCUAAUGAUGCUUGAUGUAGAAGCAGGAAUUACUGAUAAAACACUAUUUGACCCGAAACUUUUAUUGCCAAGCUAUAGCAGCUCCUUUUCUCUACACUGCGGAGAUAUGCCGAAAAAUAAUGAAAAAUUAAAAGAAUGGCUAAUUUCUAUAAAGCUAGAAAAUCUGGUAAGCAUUUUUGAAGAAAGCGGGUUUGAUGACAUAGAAAUGAUGAUUUUGCAAAUGUUUUCAAGGUAUCCUGUUAAUGAUGAUAUGAUAAAAAAUCAAAUUGGGAUUGAGAAAACAGGGCACAGGAUUAGAAUUUUAGGAAAACUCCAUGAAGAUGCUAAAGGAAUAAUAGAUAAUUUGAAUAAGUGUGGAGAAAACCAGCAUCAAGUGUGCUCAGGGUGUGAGUUAUUGUAA